GCAUCGGGUACGAGUCGAUCGAAAUCGGACCCGGUUAAAUCACAGGGAGCGCGAGAACGCAAUCCAUCGAAAGGAAGCAGGCAGAAGGGGCUGAACCACCAUGGACGACGGCGAUAUCCCGGCAACCUCCAGGGCCUCGUCCGAGCCUUCCGCCAGUGGAGGUGGCGGGGUGAAUGGCGCCGAGGGACCUGCUGCCGGCCACGAGGGGUGGGACGCCCUGGCACGGGCGAUCGCUUCGACGCUGGGGGUCGUGAUGAGGGAGUUCGAUUCCAGAGCGGAGGGUACCGCCCGGAGCCAGGACGAGCUCUCCCUUUCUCUAGAUCGCCUCACAGGAGAACUAGACAUAUUGUUAGAAGAUGCACCUUUGCCGUUCAUUAUGCAAUAUGCUGCCAAAAUCUCCUCUCUCUGCAAAAGGGUUUCAGCGCUGAACUUACUUUUGAAAUCGAUUCAGAGGCGCAUUGAUAACAUGGACCAAAUGCUUUCUACUGGCUUACCCACUGAUAACCAUCAAUUGACAGAGCAGUCACUUCAUUAUUGACUUGCAAUUCAGGUAGUGCAAAAUAGCAACAAAACCUGCAUGUCAGGAACAGAAUUCUGUGUACUCUACACCCAUCUUAUGCAAACGACUGUUGUGUUGAACUUCACUUGUUGAAUGACGCUCGUUCCCCAAAUAUACAACUCAUCAAAGGAUCUAAAAAUAAUCGUA